CUUUAGAAAGCAAGUUUUCGCAGCAUGAGUGUGACAUUUCCUUACUGGAGCGACUCAAGCAAGCAACAACAGCAUCAUCACUGCCCAGCAGGUGCUCCCAAUGGCUCAGCAGUUAAGCAAUGAACAAGGAAUCCCUUUAAUUUCCUCACAAAAGGGCACAAGGGAAGGAAGAUAUUCCAUGAUAUCAGCAUGCUUUAAUUUUGUUAAUUCCAUCAUUGGCUCUGGGGUCAUAGGUUUACCGUAUGCGUUGAACCAAGCAGGGCUCCCAUUUGGAUUUUUGCUUCUCAUCAUUGUUGCCUUUAUCACAGAUUACACGAUCAUCCUACUCAUUAAAGGAGGCAACCUGUCUGGGACAACAAGCUAUCAAUCGCUGGUCCAAAGCACAUUUGGUUUUCCAGGAUUCCUGGUUUUAUCAGUUCUGCAGUUCCUGUAUCCGUUUAUCGCUAUGAUCAGCUACAAUAUAACAACAGGAGACACACUGACCAAAGUGUUUCAGAGAAUUCCUGGAGUUGGUCCAGAUCACAUCUUGGCCGAUCGCCAUUUUGUCAUCGUGCUGUCCACCGUGUUGUGCACGCUGCCUCUCUCACUUUAUCGAAAUAUCGGAAGACUGGGCAAGGUGUCCUUCCUAUCGAUGAUCCUGACAGCAAUCAUCGUCGUCAUUGUAAUCAUCAGAGCAGCCACCUUGGGACCUCAAAUUCCCCCGACGGAAGGCGCGUGGCUUUUCGCAAAGUGGAACGCAAUUCAAGCAGUCGGCGUCAUGUCUUUUGCCUUCAUCUGUCACCACAACAGCUUUUUAAUCUACGCCUCCCUGGAGAAGCCAACGCUAACCAACUGGACUCGGGUCACUCACGUUUCGGUCGGCUCGUCGCUAAUAAUCAGCGCCACAUUCGCCUUGGCAGGUUAUGUCACCUUUACGGGCUACACGCAAGGUAUGUGUGAAUAUCAGCAUGUUGAUUUUUCCUCCACGUCUCGCACUGAAUGGCUUUUUGUCGUUGUUUGGCAAGGGGACAUAUUUGAGAACUACUGCAGAAAUGAUAACUUGGCAACAUUCGGUCGCUUCUGUUUUGGCCUCAGCAUCAUCAUGACGUUUCCACUGGAGUGUUUUGUUACUCGAGAGGUGGUUUCAAGUUCCAUAUUUGGUCGGGAGCUUUCAAAAGUGGAACACAUGUCUGUAACGGUGAUCAUAGUUGCAGCGUGUACAGCGGUAUCGUUGGCCUACGACUGUCUGGGAAUCGUUUUGGAGUUGAGUGGUGCCCUGAGUGCCACCCCUCUGAUCUUCAUCAUCCCCUCCGCUUGCUUCAUCAAGCUCUCCCCCGGACGCUGGUAUCAUAGUGAAAACUUGAUCCCCGCCAUGUUGAUUGUUCUUGGGGUGUUUGUCAUGAUAACCGGAUUGAUGCUGACGGUCCUCAACCCUCAAGACUGUUCACAUGGCGUGGAGAUGUUCUACUGCCGUGAUGCCAAUUUCUCUGGCACUCAAGCGCCCGUAUGACUGCAACUUAGGAAGUCGCUGAAAUGUAGUUUUGGACUACAUAGCAGUUUUCUUCAAAUCCACAAGAUGGCAGAAGGUACAAUGAACCAUACAGUAGAAUAUGGUACAAGCUUUUUUAUUCAGGUGAACAGUUCCGGGUUUCACACUAUAAGUAUAUUCAGUUAAGGUUAUCGUUAUUUCUGUACAUAUACUUUUUUUUAAUUUAUGUUUAGUAGUACACAUAGAAGAUCUUUUUAUUGUAAAAUACUCACAAACAGGCAGGGUUACUUAGAUUUUGUUGCCUCUGUACUCUUUGCACAACUUGCUGAUCUCCAACAAGGAGCUGAACAAUAAUUUAUAAAAUAAUUUAUUAUUACUAUUUCUAAGAAUGUCCACUGCCUUUCUGUGAAUCUUCAGGAAUACAACUUUUGUCUUCAUGAUGACCACUUGGCCCGAGUAAGCUACUGAAUUAUUUUGGAAUUUGUUGUUGAACAUAAGGGGCUUGGGGGCCUAAGUUUUUUUUAACAUGGUACUUUGUGUAAAACGUUUGAGAACUACUGCAACAUCAAAAAUGUAAAUUAAAUUCACCAGAUUGAGGA